AUGGCGUCUUCGCUCUCCGCCAGACCGUUCUCAACCAAAGCUCUAUCCGCCGUCGCAUCUCUCAAUUCCGAUCUCCGAUCUCUGUCCCCUGGUUAUCUCCGACUCGCGCUCCGUCCUCGCCUUUCCAAGAGACUCCAGAUACAGGCGGCUGGGAGUACUUAUGGGAAUCACUUUCGAGUGACAACAUAUGGAGAAUCUCACGGAGGAGGUGUUGGUUGUGUCAUCGAUGGAUGUCCUCCUCGCAUUCCUCUUUCUGAAGCUGACAUGCAAGUGGAUCUUGACAGAAGGAGGCCAGGUCAGAGCCGAAUUACAACUCCUAGAAAGGAGACUGAUACAUGUAAAAUAUUUUCCGGAGUCUCCGAAGGACUUACUACAGGAACUCCAAUUCAUGUAUUUGUUCCCAACACGGAUCAAAGAGGAAAUGACUAUAGUGAGAUGUCAUUAGCUUAUAGGCCUUCCCAUGCAGAUGCUACCUAUGACAUGAAGUAUGGUGUCAGAUCAGUUCAGGGUGGUGGUAGAUCUUCUGCAAGAGAAACAAUUGGACGGGUUGCUUCUGGUGCUGUUGCUAAGAAAAUCCUUAAAGACUUUUCUGGAACUGAGAUUCUUGCCUAUGUAUCUCAAGUUCAUAAGGUUAUUCUUCCCGAGGACCUUAUUAAUCAUGACACUCUGACAAUUGGCCAGAUUGAGAGUAACAUUGUUCGAUGUCCAGACCCUGAAUAUGCAGAGAAGAUGAUAGCUGCUAUUGAUGCUGUACGAGUGAGGGGUGAUUCUGUUGGUGGUGUUGUAACAUGCAUUGUGAGGAACUGUCCUCGAGGUCUUGGCUCACCAGUGUUUGACAAACUCGAGGCUGAGCUGGCUAAAGCUGUUAUGUCAUUGCCUGCAACCAAGGGCUUUCAGUUUGGGUCUGGGUUUGCAGGUACUGAAAUUUGCUUGUCUUGUGAUUUUGAUCUGACUAAAAUGGUACAAAUUAAACAACGAACCUUUUUAACUGGGAGUGAACACAAUGAUGAGUUCUAUAUAGAUGAACAUGGAAGGACAAGAACGAGAACCAAUCGCUCUGGUGGGAUACAGGGUGGAAUUUCCAAUGGGGAAAUCAUUAAUAUGAGAAUAGCUUUCAAGCCAACAUCGACUAUUGGAGUAGAGGAAGAGGAUCAGAGAGCUAAUGAAGCUGCUUCUUUGAAGAAGCAACAUACUGUGACUCGGGACAAAAAAGAAACAGAGCUGAUAGCCCGUGGUCGCCAUGAUCCUUGUGUUGUCCCAAGAGAACAAGUUUGCCUCUUGCGAGGGGAUCCAGCACCUGGUCUGCAUGUUCGCCUUGUGCCAGAUAUUUUUGCGGAUGCAAUCUAUCUCCUAGCAGCUGGGAAUACUUAUGGGAAUCAUUUCCGUGUGACAACAUUCGGAGAAUCUUAUGGAGGAGGUGUUGGUUGUGUCAUCGAUGGAUGUCCUCCUCGCAUUUCUCUCUCGGAAGCUGAUAUGCAAGUGGAUCUUGAAAGAAGGAGGCUAGGACUUACUACUGGAACUCCAAUUCAUGUAUUUGUACCCAAUACUGAUCAAAUAGGAAAUGACUAUGAUGAGAUGUUAUUAGCUUAUAGGCCUUCCCAUGCUGAUUUUACCUAUGACAUGAAGUAUGGUGUCAGAUCAGUUCAGGGUGGUGGUAGAUCUUCUGCAAGAGAAACAAUUGGAAGGGUCGCCUCUGGUGCUGUUGCUAAGAAAAUCCUUAAAGACUUUUCUGGAACUGAGAUUCUUGCCUAUGUGUCUCAAGUUCAUAACAUUAUUCUUCCCGAGGACCUUAUUGAUCAUGACAUUUUGACGUUUGGUCAGAUUGAUAGUAAUAUCGUUCGAUGUCCAGACCCUGAAUAUGCAGAGAAGAUGAUAGCUGCAAUUGAUGCUAUACAAGUGAGAGGUGAUUCUAUUGGUGGUGUUGUAACAUGCAUUGUGAGGAAUUGUCCUCGUGGUCUUGGUUCACCAGUGUUUGACAAACUUGAGGCUGAGCUGGCUAAAGCUGUUAUGUCAGUGCCUGCAACCAAGGGCUUUCAGUUGGGGUCUGGGUUUGCAGGAACCUUUUUAACUGGGAGUGAACACAAUGAUGAGUUCUAUAUAGAUGAACAUGGAAGGACAAGAACAAGAACAAAUCGCUCUGGUGGGAUACAGGGUGGAAUUUCCAAUGGGGAAAUCAUUGAUAUGACAAUAGCUUUCAAGCCCACAGCGACUAUUGGAGUAGAGGAAGAGGAUAAGAGAGAUUGUGAAUAA